AUGAGUCAGCUGCCUCCUCAAGGCCCCCCCGGCCGAGAAAAAUUCCAAAAUAUUAAUUGGACUGCAUCAAAAAAGCAAACUAAAAUUGUUUUUUUGAAUCCAACAGAAAUAUCUGCAUGGGAUCAGUUGCAAGGGAACGCUGAACAGAAGCUGAUCGACCAAUCAGACAUAAUACGCUAUGAGAGGCUCCUAAGAAAUGAAGUUGAAAAGGCAUCUAGCUCGAGUAAUAUAUCUUCGGUUUCCCCAUAUAAGAAAAAGCGUGGGCGUCCGAAGGGUAGCAAAAAUGGUAUGAGAAAAAGGCCCAUAGAUCCCAGCCAGCCAUGGUUAGAAGAAGAAGAUCAUGAUGAGGCAGGAAUUGAGGAUGCUAUUGAUGACGAUGAAUACUUCAGAAUGUUAGAAGAAGAAAAAAUGCGGGAAGAUGCAGAAGAAGAGUGGCGAAAAUCGAGGGCCCAAGAAGCCAGAGCCUUAGCUCGCGUAGCUCAACGCGCUCGAGGUCGUGGCAAGAGAGGUCGACCAUCAUUAAAAAAUUCACAGCCAUACUUCUAUCAAACUCCUGUUGCGAAGUUGCGCUUAGAGGCCAGUUCUAUUCAUGAUGCAAUGUUUAAUCAAUUUGCAAUCACCAAACGUCGCGCUUCAUCACUUUCUCGUCCUGGGGGUUAUGCUGCUCUUGCUGGACUAACUGAUGCCGACGAAAAUGAUAGUGAUGAGGCCUGGGCCUGGCGUGAUAAAGGCGGGUCUCAACUUUCAAAACUUCCUUUAUGUCGUGAGGGUGAUCGGAGUCAGCCAUCAAUGGAUUAUGAGUUAGACUUUUCCAAUUCGUUAAACAAUGAAGGCCUAGGAAAUUACACUCAGGAUUCUCUCGAUCAGGAUGUUGAGGAGCAAGAAGAGGAGGAUAUUUGUGAAAUCGAUUUAGUCAAGCGCUCAGUAAUUGAUGAUCUACCUCCGCCUCCUUCGCCAGAUACCACCUCGUCAACUGUCACUAGAUCGGUAGCUGAUUCUAAUGCCUUUUUACCUGAUGGAUUGCCAACAUUCAACAUCGACCUAAAUGUACCUUUGGAUUCUGUUGACAUAUCAUUAAACUCUCUGUUUCAACCUGAAAAAAUUAGUUCAUUUGAUUUGGUUAAGAGAGUUAAUCGCAUAGUCAAUAUGGAUGCUAUUCAUCUACGUCGUCGAGCUCCGCCUCUCUAUCUACCAGAUUCUGCAAACGAUCUACUCUGUCCUCGUAAUCGCCUGCUUGAUGCUCUUUCAGUGUAUGAGGUAUUACGUCGUUAUGGUCGCCUUUUGCGUUUAUCUCCGUUUCGCGUUGAGGACUUUUUAGCAGCGCUAGUUGCCAAAGAGAAUUCCAACAUACUUGCUGAAUGCCAUAUCUGCCUGCUUAAAAGUCUGUUACGUGAGGAUGAGGCUAAUGGGACGCUUAUGUCGCCGGCUGAUUGCAAGGACCCCGUUAAUUUAGCUUUCCAUCAACUCCUUGAUCAAUACACUUGGCCGCAUCUCUUGGCCACUUACCUGGCCAGUGUGAAGCAGGCCGAGCCUGCGGCACAGGCUGCCGCAGCCAGCCUUGUCCAGCUCAGCUUGGCGGCGGCUACUGCUGCUGGUGCCAACCCGACUGGGGGCCCAACGGGAGCCGGAGGUGCAGAUGUGGUCCUUUCUGCUGCUCUUUUUCCAUGUCAUCUGAUCCCCUUAAAUCCAGCAUAUCCCUUUGUCGGGAUUGGGGAUCGUAUUGCAGUGCUUAAGGGGCUCUGCGGUCUUUUUCUAGCCACUGGACCUAUCAGGGGUGAUGUUCUUAGAGAGGGGUUCACUCCCCAUGAGGAUCAUUGUCGUGUCUGUCACCAGUAA